AUGAGCGACAUUCUCAGCGAGAAGGUGUCCUCUGACGCGAGCAGCGAUGCUACCACCCUUUCGCAGCGAUUCCAAGACCAAUUGGAAGCCAUCCUCAAGAAGCUGCGAAAAGACCCGAGCACCAUCACAGCCGAGGAAGCCCGUAUUCUAUCUGAGAACGUCGCUACACGUGACGACAGAGCGAAGGGAUCCAGUCAAGCUCAGGCUUCUCAUCGUUCCCUGCUGAUGGCCGCCAAGGACCUGCAUAUCGCUGUAGAUGGCAGCCCUGACGAGGCGACCACCGAGGUUCUUCGUGUUGCCCAGAGCAUCGUUAGCAAACUGCAAAAGGCCGUCGGCCAUACCAAUGCUCCUCACCCUGAAGUCGAAGCCGAGCUCCAGGAGGAAAUCGCUAAGAUCGAACCCAAGAUUGCGCAAGGCACUGUCACCAAGGCUGAAGCCGAUCAUCUCCAUUCUCUCGAGGCACGCGCCCAUGGUCAUACUGAGAAGGGUGGCAUUGCCGCAGUCGCGCAGUCUGUUGCGGCCAGACGUGAGCGUCAGCUAUCACUGAGCAGCAGCACUGGAUCUAUCUUGAGUCCUGUCAACGGAAGAUCUCGUGCCAACAGUAGGAACUUCACAUCACCUCAGCAACGGUCUCGUCAAGAGAAGGAAGAUGACUCCCAUAAUGCGGAGAUGACUAUGAGGCCUAAGAUCGAGGCGGGCUUUGCCGCCGCAUCGGGGAUGGAUGAUCCACAGACUCUCGAUGCUCGUGCCAACCGCGGCACUGAGGAACAUGUAUGCUUGGGGCUCUGUGAAUCGCACGCCAGCAACGGAAGUGCUCGCGCCAGCGAUGAACGUCCCCGCGCCAGUAGCGAGAGCAUCAACUCCCGUGACACACUGUCUGGCUCCAAACAUCACGGCGAUCUACAAGACGGUAAUUCUGCUGUCUCGCCCAAGGGAGAGAACGGCUUCUCUACCCAACCAAACCCCAAAACAGUCCAGCCGCAAGAGAUCCCGACCAACGGCCACACCGAGAAGAGCGGACUCAGCCCCACUGCACAGUCUUUCGUUUCCCGUAGGCAAGAGUCUCUCAGCGAUGUUUCCAACUCCUCCGCGACUAAGCACCGCAAAGAGCAGUCACAGCCCGACAAGGACCUUAACAAGGUUGAUGAGGAGCUUGAGGAUAACGAGCACGAAGCUCACGUGAAGAGGCUCGUGCAGGACGGUCAUGGUCGAGUGGACGAGAACGGAAAGUUGCUGGCUGAGCCAAGCCAUGACGCGGACGAUCGAUGA